AUGUUUUCCGAUAUAGAUAGAAAGAAAGCAAAUAAAGUUAGAACGAUUACCUCGAUUUUACAAAAAACACCUGUUGAUGCACUUAGAAAAUGUGCAGUUACAGAGUUUGGUUUUGUUAAUAAUAUUCAAAGAUCUGCUGUUUGGCCAAUAUUGAUUGAUGUAGACAAACAAGAUGAAAAGAGAUAUCAUAGAAAUAUGGAUCGUGAACAUAGAGAUAUAGAUCAAGUUGCAAAAGAUGUAGAUAGGUCAAUGUGGAGAUUCACAAGGGGAAAGUCAAAGUUAAGAAAUACAAAGAGAGAAGAGUUGACACGUAUUAUCAAUGCAAUUUUAGCAUCACAUCCACAGUUACAUUACUUCCAAGGAUAUCAUGAAAUCGGUAGUAUAUUGUUGUUAGUCACCAAUGAACCAACAUCGUUCCGACUUCUCGAGAGGCUGAGUCUGAAUCAUAUCUCUGAUUGUAUGAAACCUUCAUUCGCAGAGGUAUCAAAGAUACUCAAUUUACUAUUCCCAUUAUUAUUAUUAAUGGAUAAAGAUGUAUAUCGAUUUUUAAUUGAUUCAAAUGUACAACCUAUGUUUGCAAUAAGUUGGAUCAUCACUUGGUUUUCACAUAAUUUCGAAGAGUUGGAGCCGACUGCUAGAUUGUUUGACUAUUUCCUUUCGACUCAUCCACUUGCACCAUUAUAUUUUUCGGCAGUUGUAGAUGAUCUAUUGAAGUUACCUUGUGCAUAUGAUACAGUUCACAACUAUUUUACUAAUCUACCAGAGGAAUUACCAUUGGAUCACUUGAUAAAACAAACACAAUCACUACUCGUAAAGAUACCACCAAAGAAAUUACAAGAUGAAGCAAAAAUACAAUUAGAUAAAGAUUCACCAAUGACAAAUUAUCCAUUCUCUUGGAUGACAAAAGGAAAGAGUCAAUUACAAAAGCCAACAAUAUUUAAACUAUCAUUCUUCUUGGUGUUUGGAACCAUUUGUAUAUUAAGUUUGUCAGUGUUCAUUCAGUUAAUGAAACAAUCCAACAGUGCCAUUGCCUAUGGUGAUCUCACCAACUACCUCAAAUCCAUCAAUCAACCAAUUUUUAAACAUGCAAGCAGUCUAUACUCUGGAUUAAGAUCACUUGUAAAGCAUUAUAUUGGAUAUUAA